AUGGUGAGGGGCGCGGGCGCCUGAGGGGUUAAUUGAGGGAGGGGGGUGGGGGCGAGGGGGGAAGGGGUUAAUGGAGCGGGGUCUGCAGGGGGCUGUAUGAGGGGGGAGGGGGCCGAGGGUCUCUGAGGAGGGGGCCAGGUAAGUGCCCCAUUGGUUUUAUUGUGUGGGGGGGGGGGUGUUAAUGGGGGGCAGGGGAGAAAUGGCGCCAGUGAAAUGGUUGUGGGGGUGCAGAGUCAAAUGGGGGGUAUUUGGGGUGCGUGAGACGGGGGGGGUUCACCGCACUGCAGGGCACAUGGGGGGGUCAGCGCGUGCAAGUCCUGGGUUGCAGAUGGGGGAGCACUGGUUGGGGGAGGGUUUUUUGGGGGGGGUGAGUGACUGGAGCUGGGGAGGAAGCAGAUGUGGGGAGGAGGGGGGCAGUUUGAGCGCAGGGUUUUGGGGGUGCCAGCUUGACUGCAGGGGAGGGUUUUUUUGGGGGGGGAGGCUUAGGACGCCCCUCCUACGGAGUGAAGGGGGUGCGAUGAGCAUUUGGGGGCUGGGAUGAGUGGGGCAGCGAGAGAGGCGAGGCGUGGGGGGAGGCUGAUCUCAUUCCCCCCUCUCUCUCCUGAGCUUUCCUUCCGAAGAAGCACGAAGGGGAGAGGCGAAAUGUGAUAAGAUGAGCAGUGUGUGUGUUUGGGGGGGGGGGUUGUUGAUGCUGGUGUGUGUCCUGGGGGGGGGGUCCAGGGGGUGAGGCUGUGCAGAGCUGAUGGGGAGAGCUGAGAAGGGAAGAAAGCGCUGGCGUUGAUUCUCAAGAAAGCUGGGAGGAAGUGCCCUGGAUGCUGGGUUUUCCGGAAUGGCUGGCUACCUGGCAGGUUAGGUUCUUGGGCAAUUGGGGCAAGGAGCAGGUGGCAGGGUUAAUGGGAGUGGAUCAGAAACGCAGGGCUCGGCUCAGGUGUGGAUGUGGUUUCAGGGAGCUUGGCUUUUGGGGUGGGAGGUGAUGUGGGGGUGGGAGCACCACAGGUGCUGAACAGAGGAGGUGAUGGCAGCAGGGGCACUGGGCAGAAGGCCCACCUGGCUGGGGGAUGCCAUUGGGCAGGAGGGCGGGUGGGGCUGGAGAAGGGUGGUAGCCGAGUGUGCCAGCUGAUCAUCACAAGGCCUUUGGAUCUGCCCUUCAGGAGUACUUUGGGUAGGGGUCUUGUUUCUGGAGAUGUUCUCUUGGGUAACAGCGCUGUAAGGAGACAUGAUGGCUGCUGAAUGAUGUUGCUGAGAGUGGAGGGCCAUGGGAAAAGGGCUGGAGGUGAUUCGUUGAAGGGGAUGUGUGGGAGAUGGCAUUUUGUAGCCCAUUGUUCAGAAGCCGACAGACAAUGAGCCUUUGUGGGAGGUGGCCAUGUAGAGUAUCUGGUGUGAGAUGAGUGAAUGGUGUAGAAUUGGAGGAAGUGAACUGACAGGACCCUCAAAGGUCAGGCUGGUGUUUCUAGGAGUGGAAGAUGUAAUAGGCAGAAAAGAUAGGGACGGAAGCGUAUUGAGAGAGCUUUAUGAUUUGAAGAGAGAAUGCAUGGAGUUGGUGGUCUUUUGAAUGGUCUCCUCAUAAGCUGUGUUGGGGUUGGAAAUGGUGUGGCUGGGUUGCUGAUGAGAAUUCACUUUCCAUCAUCUAGAAGAGCAGAGGGGGAUGCAGGAGAACAUGGGUGUGGAUCCUGACAAAUAUGAGCUGUCUUCUUAAUGAAGGUUUUAUUGCAUGCAUGUCCUUCUGUUCCAUGAGGCUCUUGGUGGUCUGCUUUCCAGGUUUCUGUUUAGCUGCAGCAUCUGAUGUUCUUGUGCACUGGGCCUCAGAAACCACUUUGAUUUGCCUCAACAAGGAAAUUGACAAACUCCUGACUCAAACAAAAGCAUGGAAGUAGCCAAUCCAUUCUGUGUCUCACCUCUGACUGGCUCUGGGGGGAAGUGGGGAAGCCAUCCAACACAAUAAUUUGAAAUGUAGUGGGGUAGUUCUGGUCUAAUUGCAGCGUGACAAACAAUUUGGCAAGAGAGAAUAGUGUGAAGACUACUUUGUAGUCUGGUGAUGAGGAGAAGGAAUCCUGGGGACCUUAGGGAUGCUUGGAGAGGAGCCAUAGUUCAGUAAUAGAGCCACAUGCCUUGCAUACAGAAGGACCCAUGUUUUAGUCCCUGGCAUCUCCCAAUAAGGCUGCAAGAGACUCCUGUCUGAAAUUCUGGAGAGCCACUGCUAGUCAGUGUAGACAGUACAGUAGCCCGGAUGUAAAGCACAAGGUUUGGUGUCUCAGUAUUACAGGGUCACUUGUCUGUGGGUGGGAAGAGUGCUCGAAAUGGAGAAAGAAUGCCUUCAAAGAGCCACCCUCCUGUAAUGAAGCCAGGGGUCCUUCUAGUUUUGAUCUUCCUCUCCCUGCUGCAGCUUCCGGCGCGUGGAUGACGCACUAAUUCUUUCAGUCCCUUGCUGGAGCCUCCCUCAGCCCGUUGCAAUAUAGAAGAGUGGCUUCCUGUUUGAGUCUGCAUUUCCCUCUGGCGGCUUGGCUUAUCUACCAGAAGCUAUUAGAUUAUUAUUUUCAUGCUGGCUGCUCUUGCCAUGCUAACCUACUUUCCAGAGCAUCUUUCCCUCAGGCCAUCUAGAUUGGCUACCCUGAAGGGCCACCAUCUCUCUCUUUCUCUCUCUCUCUCCAGCAAUUAUUGAGAUGUAGGCCAUCUUAAGCAAUGCUGAAAAGGCCAGUGAGAUUUUUUUUUUUUGGGGGGGGGGAAAUAGCAUGAUUUGAUUGGGGAGGGGGAUGAAGGCCAGGGCUGUCCUUCCUUGAUCUUCCCACAGCCCUUGGUCUUCUGUCCUGUAGGGGUGCCAUUAUAAAUGCCAAGCCACUUCUGAAGGCUGAUUCUGAAGAGCAAUGCAGUUCUUCUUGCUCUUUGCAUUUCCCUCUCGUCUAGCAGACCCUGUGUAGCUUAUGCGAUCUGACAAGUUUAGACAGGGAUGUCAGAGUUCAAGCUUUUGCCCUGAAGAAAUCUUUGGCCAAGAUGGAAGUCAGGUGGCUGUUCUGACCCCCUCCUGCCCUGUUGCCCCUGACAGUUCUGUGCCUGAGCUCAAAAUGAGGAUUUGGCUGAGAUGUGGGUGAUCCCACCCACCCUUUCCUGCAUUGAUGUGACCCUUUGUGGUGCAGUGUAUUAAAACCUUCCCCAGAUCCUCACUUUCUGUCGCUGCAUUGGAAGUGCUUUAUCAUCCUUGUUUCCUUUUCUGACAGUAGAGGGCUCCUAAAUCCACUGCAGUCUGUUUAACUGAGCCCCUGUUAAUCCGGGGUAGCAUUAGUUUCUCUGCAAAAAUACCUCUAGCUUUAAAGCCUAAAUGGGUCCGUCCCCCCCACCCCCCAGAAUGUGGGGCGUGGGGAGGACUUCAUAUGGCUGCAUCUGGACUUUCAUUGGGGGCUUUCCUUCUUCUCCCCCUCCCCCAGCGGACUUCGCCCUUCUGCAUGUUGCACCCUUGGCAGUCCUUGGUGAUAUCUGCAUUUUGCAAGGAGCGACUCUCAGGCGGUAUCAGGUUUGCCUUGUAUCUUCUGCUCUGGCUCUCGGCUGUGCUGCAGUGUUGGACUGGCUGGGACUGCAGUGAAGGCUGGAGUCCAAGCAAUCCUCGUGUUUUGCAGCUCUUGCUUCCAAAAGCACUGAAGUAGAAUGUUAAAACUCCCUUUUUUUAAACAAGUGCACCGAAAUGGGUGUGAGCUGCAGGCUGCUUCUUAGCCAACGCAGAAGCACGAUGGAAUGGUGCAGCCAACUUCAGCAAGGCCAGACAAGGGGAAAUGCGGCAGAGAUGCUCUUGUCCAGGAUGUCAGAAGUCCCAUGAUGUGGUAAUACAAAGGUGGAAAUGUGCCUCACUUCCCCUUGGAAUCCACUUUACUCAGUGCCUAUACACUGCUGAUGAACACCCUCACUUCUCCUUAGGCCAAGAUAUUUGCAUUUCUAUUCCCACCAUUCUUCUGAGAUAUUAAUCAUUCUCACCACAAUGCUGUGACAUAAGGUAGGCUCAGUUAUUAACUUGCCUAUGGUCACACGUUAAGUGCCCUGGCUGAUUAAGGAUUUGAACCAGUGUCUUCCUGAUUCAGUUCUAAACCUUUGCCCUUGUCAUCCCAGAGCCCUACAUUUCUGUAAUAACAUUCAGCCAGAAAACUGCCUUCUGAAUGUUGUUUUAUUUUAAGGAAGAAGGAUACUGGUUGGGUUCAGCCACUGAAUCCUCAGGUCGAGUCGUGGAUCCCAACAGAAAUCAGUCUGCAGUGUUGCACUGUCUGUCCUUUUUUUAUCCUGCCUUUCCUCCAUUCUGGGGCAGCUUAGCAUAAACCCAAAGGCAAAGCAUUAAUACGGUGCAAAUAAAACAUCAGUAAAACCACAAAUUUGCAAUAUAAAUACAAUGAAACAGCAGAAAUAGAUUAUCUGUGUCUAAAGGCAUGCCAUUUUGGGUUUCAUUUCUGAAAGCAUUGUAAGUGGGAAACGGGAAGAAAUCAUUGCUUUGAGAUCCUUUUCCAGUUCUGUUACUUCUGGCUGUGUAAAUGGCCACCACCAUAUCUUGUGGCAGUGAAUUCUGUACUUGAUGGUCAAACUAGCUAAUGACCCCACCCCUGUGGCUUUUUUUCAGUCCUUCCUGCGUGAAGCAGCUGGCACUGUUGGUCUCUGUCUGCACCUUUUGCUGUGCAUCUGCUUCCUGGUCAUGAUACACUGUGGCUUAGAUUGCAGACCCUGACUUGUGAGAGGCCAACGGGUGGGUGGGUGCUGCCACCGCUCCUGAAACUGGCAUGGCUUCAAGGGCCUUUUGGUGCCUCCUGUAAACAUAGGCAUGAUGCAGAAGGGGGCUGGGCAUGUCUAGCUCAGAGCAAAGCUUGGGAAAAGUGGGCUUGAGAGUGUUGGGCUUAACUUCUAUGGUAUUUCAGCAGAUGCUGUAAGUUACUUGAUGAAGAAUCCAGCCACCUAAAAAAAAUAAAUCCUCCUGACUUGCUCUUAAUUGUUUAUUUGCUCCUUCCUGACAAUUUUUGAAAGCCAGCAGAAAGAGGAAGGAGAAUAUUAUUUCACCAGGGUCAUCCCUUUAAAGAGGACACAAUCCUCUGGGUCAGUGCUCAGCAAAGCAGGCAUAGAUUGGCUGUUGAGGGGUUUAAUGAAGCGGGCUAACCGGUGAGGUUCAGGACCCACCUAUCCUGCUCUGAAACAUUUAGGUUUCUCCAUGUGACUUAAAAUCGUAGCGCUGUAGAGUUGGAAGGGACCACGAGGGUCAUUUAGGAGAACCCCCUGCAAUGCAGGAAUCUUUUGCCCUGCUUAUUCCAAUGAUGCAGCUGUCGCCGUCCACCUGCAGUUCUUCUGCAUUGUGCCAUAUUAUGGGGGAUGUGCAUAGCUCCAGGUUUAAGACUUCUUGGUGAGAGCCAGGGUGAAGGAAGGCAGCAGUGACAACCGUAGGGAGGAAGCAAUAGAAUGAUGGACAGGCUUAGAGGCCGUGGCCCGUCCUGGUAUGAGGAGUGGUGUGCUUGGAAGCCCCUUCUCACCGUCUGUGGAUUGGGCUGCUGCUACAAUCUCAGCUCUGUAGCCCUGAAUUGCAGAACUGAGGCUGGGGGUUAAUCCAAAUGCAGCCACAUAUAGGAGGUUGGCAUCAGGAGACCCUUUGGAUACUGCAGGUGGACUGCAUCUAGCUUGGUAGGUCACAAGGUGUGCAAACCUGAGCUGGGGGCUUACAGGUAAUGUGGAAAAUGGCAUGGGCUCUGCUGCUUCCCCACCAGGGAGGCUGAUAAGAGAUGUAGAGAGGUUUGACUCUUCAUUUUAUAUGUGUUUUUCUCUCUCACUUCUUUCAGGCUGACCAACUUACCGAAGAGCAGAUUGCAGGUGAGUCCUCAGCAUACAGUGGCAGUAAAUAUUAACUCGGCUGGCACUGAAUUGAUCUGCACGUUGAGGGAAGACGAGCAGUACACCCCCUUGUCUACUGGCUUUGAAGCUGGGUUAACUACUGCUCAAAUUGAGCCAGAAUGCACAUGGUGAGGGGCAGCUUGUGAGCUUCUUUGCAGAGAAGGAGGAUUUUUCCCCCCUGGUAGUCCCUAAAGUGCAGAAUCCUUACUACAGUUCUUUAGGAGAGAUAAUUUCCCCAUCUGCAGGGUUUGGGUGGUGAUGUGAGGGCAAGGCCACAAAAGAUCAAAACAAAUCCCUGGGAAAAUGUGAACAGGCUUGUGCUGCCACCAGCAUUUUAGGCACUGGGGAUUUCAAAUACAUCACCAGACUCACUUGGCUCCCCUCUCUCCCAAGUCUUUGGAAUGGGGCUGGCUAGACUUCCAGGAUAAUCACUGGUUGCAAGUACAUGAUCUCUAUGUAGCUUACAUCAACCCUGCUUCCCCCUGCAGAAUUCAAGGAGGCCUUCUCCCUCUUCGACAAGGACGGGGAUGGCACCAUCACCACCAAGGAGCUUGGCACUGUGAUGAGGUCUCUGGGUCAGAACCCCACCGAGGCAGAACUGCAAGACAUGAUCAAUGAAGUUGAUGCUGAUGGUAAGUGGCCCCAGCACUAAGGGGGCCUGGGCAGAGUAAGUGAUCCAAAACCCAUGGCUUCUGCCAGUACUUUAUGCAGAAAUUCAGUGGGGGUUGCUUAGAUUGGGGAGCAAGCGUUAUUCUUGAUGGACGAGAGGAACAGUUUACCUUUCCCACCGAGCUUCUCUGACUCCUGUGCUUAGACAUCCACCCAUCCCUGCUGUUUCCCUGCCUUUUGUGACUGAGAGGUAGAAGCAAGAGGUAGAAGCAAGGGGGGUAUUGAUUUAUUUGAUCUUGCCAGACUAACAUAGACUGGCCUAUGUAUUAAGUUGCCAAUGAAUGCAGUGGUGGGGACUGGUUCUGACGGGGUACUAGCUGACAGUGGAGUGGGGGAUGGGUCAAGGCUUGUGAAGGACCCAGAAAGCCAAUAGUUUUUGUAGUAGUAAUAGCAAUAAUUGGAAGUAGCACCCUAUUUCCUUCCAGGGAUAACAGAAGGGCGCAACAUGAAUGUAUUGAAAAUACCGCUCACUUUUUUCAGUGUAUAUACUGCCUUCCAGGUUGCACUGUCCAAGAUGCUUAAAAUAAAAACAAAAAACCAACAGUUGGGUAACGCCUGCAGUAUCUUGAGAUAUUCUUUGUGAUUGCUUCACAGGCAUACCAUUUAGCAGGCACUAGUUUCAGUGCUGGGGUGUGGAACUCCUUUUGUGCCAUAAUGUGUCCAACUCCAACACAUUCCACCAGCUAGUUCGGUUCCCUUCAAGCGGGGCUUCAGUCUUCCCAGGCUGGCUUUGUCCUAGGGUGGCUAUUUGAGAUUGGUCUCGGCAUCCCAGUCUGCAGCUGUUUUGGUUUCUGCUGGCUUCAUCUUACUGGUGCUCAUUUCUGUUUUCAGGGAACGGCACAAUUGACUUCCCAGAGUUCUUGACCAUGAUGGCAAGGAAGAUGAAGGACACAGACAGCGAGGAGGAGAUCCGAGAGGCUUUCAGAGUGUUUGAUAAGGUGAGGAAGUAGAGAAGGACCACCCGCCUUCUGGAGGGGAGGGAGGAGAGUGGACAGAACACUGCCAUGCAUCCCUAUAUACUCUCAGGGAGAAUGGCAAGGAAACAGCAGUGCCCCCUUCCCUUAAUCUGGAACAUACAGAAUGGAGAAGGAAACGCCAUCUGCCAGGAUAAAAGUGGAAGGUGCUGCCUUGCUGUGUUGCUCCCUGCUAAACUGAUUCCUUUGCUUCCAGGAUGGGAAUGGCUACAUUAGCGCAGCAGAGUUACGCCACGUGAUGACAAACCUAGGGGAGAAGCUCACUGACGAGGAGGUGGACGAAAUGAUAAGGGAGGCAGAUAUUGAUGGGGACGGGCAGGUCAACUAUGAAGGUGAGUCGGGGAUGGGAUCAGCAUCUUGCCUGCUGCCAUUUUGGCAGCCAGAACGUUGCAUGAAAGAAUUGAGGUUCUGCUUCGGCAGAGGGUCUCUAAAGAACUGUAUGGGACCUCUUCUGGUUUUUGAAGGCAGUAAUUGUGUCGCUGACUUCAGCCACCUGGGUGGCGUGGAAGCACUGUAACCAUUUUUAUAUAUCCUGUUGAGGGGGAGAUGCCUUGGAUUAUGUAUCACACUUUAGUUUUGAGCUGUGUGGAAAUAACCUCAAAUUUAAUACUCCCGAGUCCGUCAGUGAGGUCCACAUAUAAGCAAAACAUAUUCAAAGGCUUUGAAGUUUGCUUUUUUUAUAGGCCUUCCUUGGCUGGAUAGAACCAGGGCUUUCUUAGCCCUUCCCCUCAAAUUUUGAUGGUACUAUUCUGGGGAUUUUUCAUCGGUUCUUGAAGCCUAUGGUACUCUUCACACAUUGUUCAGUAUAGCAGGGUACACAUUAAGGUCGUGUUCAGUGACGGGGGUACCCUUGACUUCCCCUCUGGUAGUUUUCUCUGGAUGAAGGCAGUAUGAGAGUGGAGCAGACACAGUUCACAGCAUUAUCACAGCUCUGUUUGCUUUUAUCUUUUGAAAACUACAUCGAGUGUAAAAGUCAAAUCAUGUCAAGCCGAAGUAACUGUGUGACCGCUGACUGGGCUGAUGUCUAGUUUAGGGAGCUGAUCUCAAGUCUUCCAGCUUCAAAGGGUGUGGGCUCCGCCGUACUGACUUUGCUUCCUUACACUGUGUCUCUUGCAGAGUUUGUGCAGAUGAUGACUGCAAAGUGA